UGGUACUUCCAAUUUGCGUACCCACGUUAUCAAUAUUCACAAAAUCGACAUUCCAAGUAUUUUGAGUUCUGAAGAUUUAGCCACUUUAUUUUCUCAGUCCGGUGAACAUCUUCUUAGAGAAACGUUGGUCGAGUGGAUUGUAAAGGAUUGCCUUCCGUUUACUACCAUCGAGUCAAAAAGCUUUCAUAAAUUAUUUGAGGUAAUUAAAAAGCUAGAAGGUAAUAUUACAAUUUCAUCUGCAAGUACAAUUAAAAGAGAUCUAUUAGAAUAUUACUCGGUAUCAAAGGCUUCAUUAAAAGAAAUACUAGGAAAUAACUCGAGUAAGAUUUCACUUACCACAGACAUAUGGACUAGUAAUAGUUGUAAGAUGUUUAUAGGAGUUACGGCCCAUUGGCUUGAUAAUAAUUGGGAAAUUCAAUCUCAUAUAUUUGAUCUCGUGCCAUUCGAAGGACCACAUUCUGGAAUAAAUAUAGCAAAUACUUUGAUAAGUAUUUGUGAAGACUUUGGCAUUACUAAAAAAAUUCUUGAUAUAACCGUUGAUAAUGCUUCUAAUAAUAAUACGUUCAUUGAAGCAUUCGAGUCUUUUCUAUGGAAAUUGGUGGUUCUUUCACCCAGCAACAAGGCCAUAUUCAUUGUAUAG